UGCGCUUUUUUCAGCUGAGUUGGCUCAUAUCAGAAGCUGGAGAUUUGUUCUUAUUAUUUAUACGAGCUGAGAAUAAUUAUUCCCAAAGUGCGUAGUAAUAAUCUGCCAGACGCGACACGCCACCCAUUUGAAAAUGCCCCGGAGAAAGAGGACCGCAGGCAGCAGCUCGGACGGGACGGAGGACUCGGAUUUUUCUGCCGACCUCGAACACAACGAGGCUUCCGAGAGCGCGCGCAGGCGCAGCAGCACGCGCCUGACUCGGGCGUCACUCCGCCUCAGCCAGAGCUCCCAAGAUAACUGCAGCUCAGUACGGAGCAGUUCUCCUGCGCCCGUGGGUCCCGACGAAGGCCUGGAUUCAGCAGCAGAUUCGGCGGCGGCGGCAGUGGCAGCGUCCGUCUUCUCGUCCGGGCGCAGGAUCACACGCAGCCAGCAGGGAGCGACAAACACAACAGCCAAGAAGUACCCACUGCGUCAGAGCAGGUCGUCCGGCUCAGACACUGAGGCUAAUGCAGAUCUGAAGCAGGGGGCGGACCGGGACGAGACCCCUCCUCGCACUCCAACAGGUAACGCCCCAUCCUCAGAGUCGGACAUCGAGGUUUCCAGCCCCAGCAACGACCUCGUGUCUUCCAGCAACGAUAUCGUAGUUUCCCAAGAGGAGGACGAGCGAUUGGCCAAAGAGCUGUCACUCAAAGAGGCCGCCGCCCACGACCUGUCCCACCGGCCCAAACGUCGGCGCUUCCACGAGAGCUACAACUUCAACAUGAAGUGCCCCACACCUGGGUGCAACUCACUGGGUCAUCUAACAGGCAGGCAUGAGAGACAUUUCUCCAUAUCGGGAUGUCCUCUCUACCACAAUCUGUCUGCUGAUGAAUGCAAGGGCAAGGCAUCGACCCGCGACAAACAGGCCGAGGAGAGGACGCUGUCUCACCGGCAGGACGAGAACAGACACUCCACGAGAAGCCAGGCCCCUACAGAUCGUCAGCUGCGCUAUAAGGAGAAGGUGACGGAGCUGAGGAGGAAGAGGAACUCCGGCCUCAAUAAGGAGCAGAAGGAAAAGCACAUGGAUCACCGUCAGAGCCACGGAGCGAGCAGGGAGCCGCUGCUGGAGAACAUCACCAGCGACUACGACCUCGAGCUGUUCAGGAAAGCGCAGGCACGUGCCUCGGACGACCUUGAGAAGCUCCGUCUGGCCGGCCAGGUGUCGGAGGGCAGCAACAUGAUUAAGACCAUCGUGUUUGGUCGCUACGAGCUGGACACCUGGUACCACUCACCGUAUCCAGAGGAAUACGCCCGCCUGGGGAGGCUCUACAUGUGCGAGUUCUGCCUGAAGUACAUGAAGAGUCAGACCAUUCUGCGCAGGCACAUGGCCAAGUGUGUGUGGAAGCACCCUCCAGGUGACGAGAUCUACAGGAAGGGGAACAUCUCUGUCUUUGAGGUGGACGGAAAGAAGAACAAGAUUUACUGUCAGAACUUGUGCCUGCUGGCGAAACUCUUCCUCGACCACAAGACCCUGUAUUACGACGUCGAACCUUUCCUCUUCUACGUCAUGACCGAAGCUGACAACACAGGGUGCCAUCUGGUCGGAUACUUCUCCAAGGAGAAGAACUCUUUCCUGAACUACAACGUGUCCUGCAUCCUCACCAUGCCACAGUACAUGAGGCAGGGCUACGGCAAGAUGCUCAUAGACUUCAGUUACCUGCUGUCCAAGGUGGAGGAGAAGGUGGGUUCACCUGAGCGCCCCCUGUCCGACCUGGGCCUCAUCAGCUACCGGAGUUACUGGAAGGAGGUGCUGCUGCGCUACCUGAACAACUUUCAGGGCAAGGAGAUCUCCAUCAAAGAGAUCAGCCAGGAGACGGCAGUGAACCCAGUGGACAUUGUCAGCACACUGCAGUCCCUCCAGAUGCUCAAAUACUGGAAGGGGAAACACCUGGUUUUAAAGAGACAGGACCUAAUCGACGACUGGAAGGCCAAGGAAACCAAACGUGGUAACAGCAAGACCAUUGACCCCACAGCCUUAAAAUGGACUCCGCCUAAAGGGACGUAGAGGAGCAUCCUUUCACACUCCACCCAGAACACACGCACAUACACAGACAGAUCCUCCUCCGCACACUGGCAUGCUCACAGAUCCGGAGCCUAAACCCUCACACACACUCUUGAACGAAACGCUUUCAGCAGCUACGGCACAGUCAGUCACUGACAGCGUCAGCCGUUACUCUGGGUUCAGCAGUCACUGCCAUGGCUCGGGAAAUUGACUUCAGCCCAACAAAUACAGGAUCAGCUCACUGAUAUGAUGCCUGUCCGGAAUAUCAAAAGUUUUUGGACAUAAAACAAAAUCAUUUAAUACAGGAAUGGGUGACCAAUGAGCAUUCGAUGCUUAAAAACCUGGCUAUGUGGAGUUGGUUUGUGAGAUCUGGCUCUGCACAAUUUGACCAAGCUGUAGUCGGAGGUGCCAUCGAAGGGUCAGGGUGGGCCUCAUUCGGAAUAAUCUCAGAAAAUUGUUCACGUAAAAAACAAAACAAACAAACAUUGAUGGUACCUGUGACAUAUAAAAAACACAAGGCUAAUCAAUUCAAUUGAAUUCAGUUUGAUUUAUAUAGUGCCAAAUCACAACCGAAAUUGUCGCAGGGCACUUUACAUUUCCCUCAUGAGCAAGCACUUAAGCGACAGUGGCAAAGAAAAACUUCCUUUUAGGAGGCAGAAACCUCAAGCACUAAACACUCGAUGGGAGUAUUUAUUAAUAAAUGAUACAAAAGCAAUAUUGCAGCUUCAGCUAAUUGGAAGAGUCACUUUCCAUGACCGUCACUGCUCUCUCACCUUUCAGCCAAUCACAUUCUCUCUGCCUCUUAUGGUAGCACGCUUCAACAGCUGCUACCAGAUUCAUCCAGUUAUGUAAGCGAGGAGUCGGUGCUAAUGGUAGCAGCUAAUGUUAAUGAAGUCCAGUCAGUUUCAUUCAUAUAGUCCAACAUGACAAAUUUGCCUCAUUAGGCUUUACAAUCAUCAUUACACCAUCAAAUCAGAAAGGAAAAAGAGUUCAUUUGGAGUAACUUCUGCCACAUUUUGAAUCAACAUGUUCCUCAGAGAAAGAUCAGAAAGACAGAGUCUUUCUCUGCAGUCGCUCAAGCUAACAGGCUUUAGCUAACACUGCUAUCACUCUUUCCAAACUCACAAGCUAGCCUAGCUAGUUAGUUAGUAAGUAGUAGCGAGUAGCAUGAGCAGCUUUGUAAGGCUAAGGCCUGAAAGCUAAAGAGGUUUAAUUUCUGUGUCUAUGUACUGAGUUUAUUUACACCAGCAGCCUCUUGUUGGUUGUGCCAGAAUGACUUUGACUUUUGUUGUUGCUCUAGCUAACAGGAGCUAACUGACAAUUGAAAUCUGUUAGCAGUUAGCUUGUUUGCUUGAGAGGCAGGGGUUACUUGCUUAGCUGAAAUGUGAUAGGGCGGUGACAACACCACUGUCACGUUAGGGCAUUUUGAAAUUAAAAUGUCUUUAAUGAAAAUUUCUUCAGUUAUAUCUCUAAUUGUUGAUUCAUUUAUAUAUUUUACACAGUUUAUUCAUCUGAUUUUUAAUGUCAUGUCAUUUAUAUCGAUUUAAUAUUGAACUCUUUGAGCUUCCAUAGCAGAGAAGCAGGACUUUCAGGUUCAUAGUAAGAUUCUUGUUCAACAUCAGGUAUGACUAAAAUGCAAAAUAAUGAGCGUAGCUGCCAGUGAUGUCAGUCGAUGUAUGAUCACCGCUGAUAUCUCCUCAACCUCAUCUGUUAUCUGAAAAGUGAAAGUAAUUGUGCGCUGCCAGUGCGCCUCCUCCCAGACACUCGAUUAGCACGGAGCACCAGGCACACCCGCUAAUCCAAUCUGCGACAGCCGGCAUCGGCCCCGCGAUGGCCUUCGUUCUGUUCUCGAGAAGCUCGACGUAACGCAGGUCGGCAGAACACUGACUCACUCGAUGCGUUUGGCUGACACAGACCAGCUGCUUGUGAUUAAAGAGGCCACGGCCUGGGCCCAGAAUGCAUAAAGUUUCUAGAAAUAGGAGCCCUGACCUUAAUUUAACACUCAGCUUGCAUGAAUGAAAAGAAUGGCCCAACACAGAUUUGAAAAGACUGGGGAAUGAAUUUGAUCAUUUCUUUGAGAGUGGCAAAAAAUUGGAAAAAGAUAAAAAAUGUUGAUGUUCAGUUGUCCUCAUGAACAAAAUAUUACCUAGUAUUAACUAUGUUGUCAUUUCACAUAAUGUGAUGCUUAAAGAACAGGCAACCGCUGCUGAGUGAUGUUGCCUCACAUCAUACUGUACAUCCCAUCGACUGAAGGUUUUAAAAUUUUGUCUCAGGUCAGAUCUUUUACCUUCUCUGUGAAAGAAAGCGGUGGGAGAAAUGGCAGACAGACCUGGAGUACGAGCAUUUUUCUGACGCUGACAGCGGCUGUUUGAACCCAGAGCAGAUCAGUAACUCAGCUCACCUCUCGUGCUACAAACACACACCGUGUCCAGUAUUUAACCCGUCACAGCCGUCAGACAGUCAGUCAGGAAGCUAUAGCUGCCAUUGGCCGUGUUUGGACCGCGUUGUGUCACCAGGACGGGAUCUACCCGGAUGUGUUUGGUUACCACCUGUCUCCCUUUCUUUUUUUGUUAUCUUGGCGCCGGCUGUGUCGUUUCACGAUGUCUGCAGUUACAUUCUGAACAGUGAAGGUACAUGAGGGAUGUCAGCUGUUAGGAGUGUUGGAGCUCACAAACAUGUUGCUGUUUUUUUCUUUUUGGUGAUUUGGUUCGAUUUGUCACUGAUGUUUUUUACUUUUUCUACCUCUAAGGUUUACCACUGUAUAAAGCUAGAACAGCCCCAUUUUAAGCUUCUUUUAUUUUAUUUUAAUUUUUCUUCUGUGUGUUAAUAUGUGAAACUAUGUAGCUGUGAUCAGCCAGCAAGUGUUUUUUAUUAGAUUUUUUAAAAAUAAUAUGCUAUUUAUAUUCUUAAAAAUAACGUUAAUUGCGUAGAACAUAAAACACAAGUCUGGUAGAGGAACGUCUAUCAGACCGGCUUCCUUGUGAAGAUAAAUAUUUAUCUCAAAUUAUGUGGAUUUGAAUGUGUCAAGAAGCUCUUGAAAGGUACAGGAGGGAUUAUCCCGAGCAUCCCCCCCACCAACAAAGACAAUGACAGAAGUCAAUGACAUUUCAGAAAUCUCUCUCCUCUAAUCAAAAGUGACAUAUGAUUGAACCAAAACAUGUCAUUUUUACACAUUGUCUCUACUUGUUACACCAGAAUUGCUGCUGCAGGCAGUCGAGAAAAUAUAAGCACAACCUUUUAGUGUAAGACUAGUAAACAUGGUCAGCAGCAUUUUUGUGUUAUUUUUUGUUCUUUACAGCCCACUUCUUUUCUUUUAUUGACAGUAUUUAGUUGGAUGCUAAUAACCAGCUUUUCAGAUUUGUUAAAGGAAUAGUUUGGCAUUUUGGGAUAUAUGCAUUUUCACCUUUUUGCCAAUAGUUAGGAGAGAAGAUCCAUACCACCCUUGUCGUAUUAUAUAAUAUAUAAUAAAAAUAUAUUUGCUUAGCUUAUCUUAGCACAAAGAAUGGAAACAGCUAGCCUGGCUGCAGCCCAUAACCCCCCCGUAAAACAACAAGUUGUCGUCACUUUCAUUUUUGCACAGAUUGUCCAAACAGGAUGUAACAUGCGAAUUUGAGAGCUCUGGAGGUGCUGGUGUGUGUCUGUUUCAGUCUUUAUGCUAAGCUAAGAUAACCAGCUAUUUGCAGUCGCUACAUAUUUUACUGUACAGGCAUGAGAGCGGUGUCAACUUCUCAUCCAACUCUCAGCAAGAAAGUAAAUAAGUGUAUUUCCCGAAAAUAUCAAACCAUUCAUUUAAACAUUGUGCAUAAGCUAAGACAGCAGUGACAGCAGCUGUGAAAUUGGAGGUGUGCAGCCAACAAUGUCAGAUUGAAUCAGCUGUUCUGGGGUUUUUUUUCGAGUGCUAUUUUGUUCAGUAGCUUUUGUGUCACAGUUUCAUACGUGGAGGAAUCUGUUCUUUGCAGACUACAGCCAAGAGUUACAUUUUUCUUUCCUUCUCUCAUUGUGUAAGACGUGUUGCCUUUAAAUUCUGUCAGGUCGAAGAUGUUUUUCAUGUCUUGUUUUCUUGUGUUUUUUAGUGAUGUCUCCUUUGUACCAUCUGUGGAUUAUUUAUCUGGGUUUUACAUGUUUCUGUUUUCUCUGAUCCUGUCUUCGCUUGGGUCUUACAUGAAGCCGUUCAGGAGUCACGUCAUUGACUGGCAGAUGUCAAAUCAAUACUAACAGGCCAUGCAUUUCAAAGGACAGCAUUUGUCCUUUUAGCACCUGCUUUCAAUAAACCUCUCUAAAAUGUGCUACUGACCCAAAUUACUGUUCUGAGCGUAGACAGUGUUUUUCUUCAUCAAUUCUCAAGUGCAUUUACAGUAAAGUGCACUUACUUUUUAAGAGACUUAAAAUUCAAAAUCCAUCCUAAAACGCAACUCUUCAUGAUGAUGUUCUAUACAGGAGGGGUCAAUUUAGUUCUUUUGUUUUGUUUUUGCUAUUACCUGCAUAGGUAUGAUGGAGCGGAGAUGGAACGUUCAGUGAAUCAACGAAAGAAUAAGGGCUUCUUUUUACGCCUGCCAUAUUGUGCUGAUAUUUAACAUACAAGGACAAAGGGAAUAUUUUCUAUUCUCACAGUAGCAGAAAAUGGUCUUCACUGAAAAAGGUUCAUUAAAAGUUACAACACAGAAAAAAGACCCCCCUGGAAUGUGCGAAAUACUACAAAUCAAUAACAUUUAAUCACCUGAAAGUAUUUCCCCUUUUUUUUUUGAAAACCUGCCUGUCUCAUGUUACAGUCCAUGUUUUUAUUUCUCUCAUUUAUUUUUCACCCUGUUGUCUUGCAGUUUUCUCUGUGCCAGUGGCAGCUAUAGACGGGCAGCUUCAGAGCACCUUGCUGGUUAUUAACACAUCUGAAUAGUAUCACAGUUACUUAGAGAAACCAGAGGCAUUCCAUCACCUUCCAUAGGCCACCAGUGAGCUUUUGUAGUACUGCACCCUGCUUCCUAUUUAAACAACGCACUCAAAGCCGAGACAGACAAAGGUAGCGUGGCAUCGAUAUGUAGCUCAGUUGUGCUUUUGUACUUGCUUCUCCCCCUUCCUUCCUCCUCAAUAAAUGCAAAUGGUG